CAUGUUUUUGCGAAUUAUUUGGAUUUGCAGUUUAUACGUCCUUGUCUCCGGCGCCAAGCUGGAUGAACAAUGCACGUCGAGCGAUACCUGUGAAACGUUGUUUACGUCAUGCAUCGCGGGGCCGGACGGGCAGACUUCGUGUCGAUGUCAGGCUGACUAUAUCGCAGGGGGGGACGGGUGCAAGGCACCAAUUGGCCGCCUGUGUGAUGAAAGUAUUGGAAUGUCGUGUCGCGCCGUAAACGCGUACUGCGUGGCACGUGACGAUACCUCCACGUGUCAAUGUAGACCGGACUACGAGGAAAAGGAAGGCAUGUGCGAAGAGAAGAGCAAGAUGGAGACCGUUGGGAUCGUUAUUAUCGUGGUGCUGUGUGUGGCCUUCACCGUCCUCAUGUGUGUCCUCGCCCAGUCUUUGCUCGAAAUCAGGAAAGCGAAACGCAAGAAGGCUCAAGAAUUCUACGCUAUCAAUCACCAGGACUCUGUUAAGCAAUAAAUACGAACAACGACAAGCACUUAUAGGUCUUAUAUUGAAAUUGACGUGAGCGAUAAAUAAUUGAAUAUGACGUCAAAGUUGGUUGUGUUUUAAUAUGGUUUGAACUUAUGAAAGUCAUGGAGAAUUUAAAGGUUGCUGAAUUUAAACUUUUUGUUUAUGGUGCCAAUACAAAAACAAAAUUGUUAAACAAAAUCAACAUAUCAAUGAAACCUUUUGGCGCUUGUCGUGUUUCAUUUGCUUCUUAAUGGAAAGCAUGGACUUUGAAAUUAUCUGACAUUUUCAAUAUGUAAUGUUUGUAGUGAUGUUAUUAGACAUAUCAUCUAGUGUUUACGAAGGAACAUAGCAUACUUAGCAUAAUAUUAU